AUGACUUCCAGGAAGUGCUCGCCGAGUGAUUUCAUCUUCAAGGAGGAAUUGGGCCACGGGUCCUACUCCACGGUGUAUAAGGCGCUGGACAGGCGGGACGUGAAGAAUGUGUACGCGAUCAAAGUGUGCUCGAAGCAGCAUAUUAUCAAGGAGGGGAAAGUGAAGUACGUGACGAUAGAGAAGAAUACGCUGAAUUUGCUCGCGAGGGCAAACCACCCGGGGAUCGUGAAGCUGCACUACACGUUCCACGACGCGCAGAACCUGUACUUUGUGCUCGACUAUGCGUGUGGCGGGGAGUUGCUCACGCUGCUGCACAAAAUGGGCACUUUCAGCGAGUUAUGGGCACGGCAUUUCAGCGUGCAGCUUGUGGACACGCUCGCGUAUAUACACUCGCAGGGAGUGAUCCACAGGGACCUCAAGCCGGAGAAUGUGCUUCUCGACCAGACUGGGCGACUCAUGAUCACGGAUUUCGGUGCCGCGUUUACCGUGGACCGUGCGGAGCAACUCGGUGCGCACUGCGCGGCGUCCUCGUCCUUUGUGGGGACCGCGGAGUACGUCUCGCCGGAGCUUUUGCUACACAACCAGUGCGGGUUCUCCUCGGACGUGUGGGCGCUCGGGUGCAUGGUGUUCCAGUUUGUAGAGGGACACCCGCCCUUCAGGGGCGAGAACGAGCUCCGCACGUUCGAGAAGAUCAUCGCGCUGGACUACAGUUGGAACUACGAGUUGCACCCGAACAAGAUCGCCACGGGGAAACCAGCGACCAACCCGCUUAUUGUGAGUCUCGUCAAGAAAAUGCUCACCAUCAACACGCAGGACCGGAUAUCCCUCAGGGGCAUCCAGGGGUCGUCCUGGUUCGACGGCGUCGACUGGGACGAUAAGCGUACGAUUUGGAGAGGUAUAUGGCAACUCCCAGCAACGGAGAACGCGCAACAACAACAACAGCUAAUGAUGGGACAAGCAAGAACAACAAACGCGUACCACCGCAUGAUACCAAACAGACAAUUGCAUGUUAUUGACACACCAAUCAAAAGUAUAACAAUAACAAAACAGAAGAAGAAGAAACCAACGAAACCAAACUCCACAAGCAGUAUAGUCGAAUGGAGGAAGAAACUAGGCAUACCAACAGCCAACGCUACCGUGAGCGCAAACGUAAACGCAAAUGCAAACACAGACGCAUUAAUCGAUUUCAGCAAUAGCAUGACCAAGAACAGAUCAAGCCGAGGGAACUCCCUUGUCCCCGCUGUGACUCCACCAGCGACCGCUGUACCUGCGCCGAUCCAACCGCAAAUAACUCCACAAUCGAUAAACGGAGCGGUACAACGAACACAGCAGAAGGUACCGUACACGAACAGUCAGCCGAUGUAUGCUCCGCCACGGACCCCAACGAACCAAACGACUUUUGUGCGUGCUGAGAGGAAAAACCCGCCACUACAGGGGAUACAGACACAGUUGCCUGAAGGGUCCAACAACAUCACUAAUAAAACCGCUACUGGCAUAAGCACCAAAGUUCCUGGUCCCUUUACGGAAAAUAUACACCCACCGGCCCCCAAGGUAGAGAAACAGACAGCUGCUACAAAGCUAUCACCAAAACUAACGACACCACUACAUAUAACAACCAAGAAUGUCUUGAAACAGGACUACAUUUUCAUGCAUACUAUACCGUACAGGCAGGACGGACCGGGGAUGUCAAUGGAAAGCUAUAACAAGAUAGAUAACGACCUGAUCACAUCUCUAGUCUCCGAAAACAAACUGACGCUAAACUCACCAGCUUGUAUACCGGCUUUACUCACUUUGAGGAAAAACGGCACCCUAUCGUACUCGACAGGAUCUCAGACACACGAGAUGGUCAAUAUCGGAGACUCUGAACUGUCCAUGUACGACUUCGAAUUCGACGAGUUGUCCCGCAAAGGGUUUCUCAUCCUGGAAAAGUACAAACGCAAAGUUUGGCUCAUAUCUUUGCCCUCGUUUGCGGCACUGUCAAAACUAUCACCAGAGAAACACGUACCGAGUGCGAAAUCUAAAAGUGUGGUCAACACGGGGGAAAACUGGGUCGACUGCUUCUUCAGAGCUAGACAGUUGAUGGAGGAAGAAGACAAUACACCGACCAGGGCACAUACUUCCUCUGCAGCGGAACAGGAAAUUACCAACAAGCUGAACGGCGUUUCACUGAGAACGGUACCACAGUCGACACCAAAGACUACACCCAAGACCGCACCCAAGACCGCACCCAAGACCGCACCCAAGACCGCACCCAAGACCGCACCCAAGGCCGUACCAACCACCGCGGCUGCCAAAAUACCGGUCCAUGCAAGCAAACAGAGCGGCAACCCACAACCUAGCAGUAUGAGCAACAAUUCGACACUGGCCUCACCCGUGUCAACGAAGGCCGCCGUGGAUCGUGCCCCACUGAUGAGUAGAUCAUCGUCUGGGUCGAACAUGACCCCUGCACACAUGGCAAAGACAAGAACCGCACCACAGGCUCAAAUCGCCAGUCCGAGGAAACCUUCGCAGCAUCACUACAACCAGCUGCCAUUGGCAUCGUCCCCACUAUCUCCGACCACGGGGACACCCGUGGGGGCUACGCAGCGGCGGGUGCUCUCCGGAUCGCCACUCGUCUCGCAGUCCCCACGGUCCACCACAAGAUCACCCAGUGUGCCGUCGCGCCAUUUAGCUAGCAACAGCAGUGGGGACGUACGGUCCCCACCUCCAUCAGCUCAACUGAACAACAAGAAACGGUAUAGCGCACCAAAGAACAUGGUCAUCAGCAGCAGUCGGUACGAAGUGAUCCACUCGCUCUCGAGCCGCACAGCAGACGCACAAGAGGCAACGUCCGGUGCAUCAGCAGCGUUCAAGAACCUGCAGAAGAAGAAACCCAAGAAGAAGCAGUAG